UUCAGAAAUAUGGCAUGAAAAAAAUUGUUGAACAUUUACAGGACCAUGAUGACAGUAUGGAGCUUUCACCUGCGUUCAAAGAAAUUAGAAAAUGGGGAGUUCCUUACGUAAAAUAUUUUGAAGUCAUUCUCUAUCCAAACUGGUCAAUAUAUCACUACGACACUUGGUUAGAUAAUAACAAUAAUAAACGAAUUGCCCACAUGACUUUCUACAAAGCUUUGAGUGUUAUAAGUGAUGAUAAAGAAAGCUCGAAUAAACUUCGCGAAAUAGUCAGAAGACUCUUAAAAGAGAAGAAAAAUCCUAUCUUACAAGCAAGUUCUAUAGAUUCUAAUUCCUCCCACAUCGAUUCCAAGAAUCAACCUGUAGAAUCAAUAAACGAUAUAAAUACCUUUAAACAAACACUAUUAAAUUUUUUCAAAUCGCGAUCAAGUUAUUCGCUGUUAAGCGCAAAUGAAGCUGUAUUACAAGUGGUUACGGAACUUUUACUGCCUAAUAACGGGAUUCCGGAAUUGUGUUUAUUGAUGGACAAUUCCAAACCAAGAGGAGAUGGAAGAUUCGGAUUUGUGGAUAUUAUUUUUGGCGAUGUAAAUUAUUCAAUAAUUGAAUUAAAAUAUGUCAACAUCUUAGGUUUAUUAAAAGCCAUUAAAAAUGAUUGGAAUGUAUCUUCAUGUACCAAUGAUUUGGCAAAUUUUGACAAACUUAUUGAGAAUGAGAAUGAAGGGGAACUUUUGAAAAGAAAUUUUAUGUUUUGGUCCAAAGAACAAAAUAACCAACAUUAA